AUGCUCUUCACAAUCUGUUUGUUCCUGGGAGUGGCCAGCAGCUUGGCCGGCGUCAUGGAGCCCAUCAAUUACUACCAGUACACCCAGUUCCAGGCUCCGCUCUCCUGGGAGGAUAUCACCGCCAAGGGACUACAACUGGGUCUGGCCAGUUGCCAGCAAAGUUUCCAGUGGCAGCGAUGGAACUGUCCAGUUACGGACUUUGUAAAGCGAUCCACCACUCCGGCGGAGACCACAACGGAUCGGGAAGGUGUCUAUGUGACGGCCAUUUCGAUGGCCGCCAUUGUUUAUACCCUGACCAAGGAUUGCGCCAACGGGGUCAUCGCUGGAUGCGGAUGCACGGACAAUGCCCUCAAUGUGCCCUGUGCCCAUGAGCCGGAGAAGGCUUUGGAGCAGUACGAGAAACGCUUUGGAUCUGGAUCGGGAGCCUCUGCCCACAAUCAGCGGGUGGUGGGGGCCCUGAUCAAGGAGUCACUGCAAAAAGAGUGCCGCUGCAAGCAACCAGGACCAGCGCCAGGCCAAUGCCUCGAGGAGGAGUGUGUGGCUGUCUUGAAGCCCUUCGAGAACCUGGCACAGGAUCUGCUCAAGAUGUACGAUGAUGCCAUCCAACUGGACAGCACCAGCAGCAACCUGAAGAUCAUGUGGCAAAACAUUCCCCUGGACACGCUUGUGUUCAUGGAGGAUUCGCCCAACUACUGUGAACCGGAGGCAACUGGCCGCUGGAAGGGAACCCGUGGCCGCGUGUGCUCCAAGGACCGUAGCAGCUCGGUGGAGGAGCGCCUGUCCUGCCAGCAGCUGUGCCGUGUCUGUGGCUACCGCGCCCGCUCCCAGCACCUGAAGACCGAGCGGCGAUGCAACUGCAAGCUAGUGUGGGGCUUCCGUCUGCAGUGCGACGUGUGCGUCCAACUGGAGCGCCAAUACACGUGCUACUAA